AUCACCAACUAUUCUAUAACAACAAAAAGAAUCUCUCUCUCUCUCUCUCCUCCUUCAUUCCUCUCACAUUCUGAGGCUGGAGAAAGUAAUGACGAAGGUACACCCUAACAUCGCUGAUACAGUCAUAGCACCUGUUGCCGUCGAGCAGACGAAGCUCAAGUCUUUUGCCAACUUAGAGGCGGAUGGAACUGUGUUAACUGUUUGGAAGAAGUCUUUGCUUUUCAACUGCAAUGGCUUUACUGUGUUUGAUGCCAAAGGGAACCUCGUUUUUAGAGUUGAUAAUUACAUGGCUGGCUCUGGUACUAAAGGCGAGAUCAUUCUCAUGGAUGCCGGCGGCAAGCCUCUCCUCACCAUUCGACGCAAGAGGCUGAGCUUAACGGACAACUGGCUGGUUUACAACGGAGAAACGGCGGUGAAUCCCCGCUUCUCGAUGAGGAAGCACGUGAACAUCCUUAACAACAAGAGUUUGGCUCACUUGAGCUCAGUUACAACCGGUAGUAGAAGCUCUUGCAAUGGAAAGAACAUAGUAUACGAAAUAGAAGGAUCGUACGCGCAACGGACCUGCGCGGUGUACGACGAGAAUAGGAGGAAGGUCGCGGAGAUUAAACAGAAAGAGGCGGUUGGAGGAGUGGCAUUUGGAGUCGACGUGUUCCGGCUCAUUGUAGGGCCGAAAAUGGACACAUCGGUGGCCAUGGCUAUCGUCAUCCUCCUUGAUCAGAUGUUUGGUUCUUCUAGACGCUUCUCCACCUAAAACUAAAAUCAAAAUUUCGCCGACUAUCAGAUAUAGAUAUGAAUUAAAUAUGAACAAGUACAGUAUAUUAGGGAAUAAAUCCUUGCAUUCAUAAGGAUCACUGUUGUAACAGCACCAGCUCCGACGCCGCAGCCUCUCCACCGACACCGUCGGCAGUCCCUUUUCUAUGCAAAUUCCGAAAUCCCCACCUAAUUUGCUAUCCUUUUUUUUUUUGGGGUCUUUAGCUUGGUUUUUUCCUUUUAAAUAAAAAACCAAGUUCCAAGUAGGGAUAUGUAUAUGCUUAUUCGCAUUGAACAAGAAACAGAAUUACCCUUUUUUCCCUUUUUUUUUUUUUUGGGUUUUUCUUUUGUUUGUAAGGGCUGGGGUCAGUUUGCUGAUUUGCUUUUCAUGUAAUAUAAUGCUAUUUUCAUUUUGUAGAAAUUCAAAAUAAAUAAAAGAAAAACUAAAAUAUAA